UUGCACUAUAUAUUAAGUGUAUAAUCUAUGGUUUGCACGAUCUAAUGUUUAUUUUAGGUAAACCCAAGAAGUUUAGAUAGUUUCGAAUAUUAUUCGUUUGGCUCACUACAAAUAUAUGCUUUAAGUGAAAUACAAAUUUUAAAAUGACUCCUGAGAAGAUUAAAUCUGACUUAAGUAAUAGAUUUAAGUUAAAAAACUUUAUUCUGAAGAGUGACACAGGAACUCUCGAUAAUAAAACCAGUAAAACGAACAACAACAAAACAAAAAAGAAAUUUUCUUAUAUAGAUCCAAAAACAGCAAACAAAACAUGGACACCACCAUUCAAGACAUUGGAGAUUGUCAGUUCAGUUAAAGACGAAAACUCUCCGAAAAUUCCAGAAAGAUACGAAACCGGAGUCAAUAGUCCUGAAAGAAGUAUAGUGGUUGACAUACCAACCCCACCUAAAAACGUAGACAUGGACAGCUCGAGUAAAAGGAGCCGUUUGGCUAUGUCUGAUGACCUUAAUGAUGUAGAUUUACGAAUGAAUGCCUCAUUUGUACCUCUACUAGAUCGAAUAACAGCACAUGUUGCUGUAAAGGAAACGAAACAGAAACAAAAUCAUCCCGAAUUUCUGGAUCGGCAAAGUGAAAGAAUGUACGUCGAAUUGUUAGAAACAAUAAGUGACACGUUUGAUAGAAUUCCAAAGAAUUUGCUAGAAAUAAUUCCUGGUUAUGAUAGUAAAAUACACGACAAGAUGAAACGGAGCAGAAUAGAAAUAAAAAAAUAUUGCAAUAAUUUUGAGAAUAAAUCUAGUUGCUCCAUAGAUAAAUUACAUACAACAGAGAAGGAUCAUAGUAAUAGUUUGAUACAGAAUUCAACCCCGCCUUUAGAACAAAACCCUGGGACCAGUAAUAUGAUACAUUCAGAUGUUAAAAAAGUCACCACUUCAAAUGAAUCACCGUCUGUUAUGUCUGUAACCAAUGAUUCGACGAUGGAUAAAAGCUUAGAUCAAUCAGACACGAAUGUCAAGAAGAAAGGAAAAUUUGUAUACAAAUCCCCAUUAAAUCAUAGCUCGCCGGAUUGUAUAGCUUCGUCGAGUACAGCGGAGAGACUUAAAAGCAUCAUGGAGACUCUGAAGCGCGUCCCACCUAAGGUUGCGUCCAAUCCAACGCCGCAAGCGAAUAAUAGUUCAGUAGAAUUCCAGCCGCCUCCGCUUGACCGAAGCGCGUUCUUGAACACGGAACGUCCGUCAACAUCGGCGACACCAGCAUCUGUGACUGAUGUCGCCGAAAAUGAAUACGAACACUUGUUUGACGCCAGUGACGGCUUCGAAGAGAACAUUGACCUGAUUAGUGAAAAUGACGUCAGCGUCGAAGAGUUUCAGAACGGUAAGAACAUAAGCGUCGACGAUGACGGAUGGCCGGAGUACAGAAUGGGGGACUUCGCGGACGACGUGGAAGUCGUUAAUGCCGUCGAGAUGGUGGAAAUGAACUUGAACCAUACGAUGACGUCGAAUGUCGUGAAUACGAAGUACGAAGGGAUCGGGCAAUUCGAAGGUGAUAUCCAGAACGAUGGAACCACAGGUGAGUUCGACGGCCUGAACUACCCUCACUCGGCUCCGAUGCUGGAGAUAUUCCGCGAGACGUUCGGCCUGACGAAGUUCCGGCCCAACCAGCUGCAGGCCAUCAACGCGGCGCUGCUCGGCCACGACUGCUUCGUCCUCAUGCCGACCGGCGGCGGUAAGUCGUUGUGUUACCAGCUGCCCGCUGUACUGUCGCCCGGCGUCACCAUCGUCAUAUCGCCGUUGAAGUCCCUUAUCAUGGACCAGGUCCGGAAGCUGCAGACGCUCGGCGUCCCGGCCGCCGACUUGUCCGGCAACACGUCGCUCGCAGAGACUGACGAGAUCUACCACAAGCUGUCCAUGAAGGAGCCGCCCAUCAAGCUGCUGUACGUCACCCCCGAGAAGAUCGUCGGCAGCGAUCGGUUCCAGUCCGUCCUCGACUCGCUCGACGCCAGAGGGAAGUUCGCGAGGUUCGUGAUAGACGAGGCGCACUGCGUGUCUCAGUGGGGGCACGAGUUCCGCCCCGACUACACGGCGCUGCGGCUGGUGCGCGCGCGCUGGCCCGCGCCCCGCGCCGUGCUGCUGACGGCCACGGCCACGCCGCGCGUGCGCCGCGACGUGCUGCUGCAGCUGCACGUGCAGCCCGCCGCCUGCCGCUGGUUCCUGUGCAGCUUCGACCGCCCCAACCUGCGCUACCGCUUCCACAAGAAACCGAAGAACAUUAACCAGGAGAUCGCCAAGCUCAUAAAGAACGAAUUUUUCGGGGAAUCUGGCAUAAUAUACUGCUUAUCGUGCAAAGACUGCGAAGUGUUGGCGGGCGACCUCCACAAGACGGGGGUGCAGGCCGCCCCCUACCACGCCAGGCUCGCGGACUCCAAGCGGCAGAGCGUGCAGUCGGCCUGGAUCGCCGACGAGAUUAAAGUGAUCUGUGCGACCAUAGCGUUUGGAAUGGGCAUAGACAAGGCGGACGUCCGCUACGUCAUGCACCACAGCAUGCCCAAGUCCAUAGAAGGAUACUACCAAGAGUCAGGUCGCGCUGGGAGGGACGGGCAACUGGCCACCUGCAUCCUGUACUACUCCUACCAGGACAUGAUCAGACAUCGAAAAUUAAACAUGAGGUCGGAAAUGAGGACAGAAGCGCGCAAUGUCCAAGAGGAGAACCUGCGACGUAUGGUGGAGCUCUGCGAGAGUGUCACUGAGUGUCGCCGCGCCUUCAUCCUGGCCUACCUCGGGGAGACGCUGCCGCGCUGCAACCCUGCCCACCCUGCCGCCUGCGACAACUGUCUGCGGACACAACGCACAGAGCCGGUGGACGUGACGGAGCACUGCAAGAAGAUCGUGCAGGCGGUGAGGGACGCCGGCACCCGGUCGCGGAACGGCUUCACGCUGCUGCACCUCGCGGCCGCCCUGCGCGGCUCCAAGCUGCAGCGCCUCGCCGCGCUGCACGACUCGCCCGUGCACGCACUUUGCAAGUCGUGGGACCGGAGCGACGCCCAGCGCCUGCUGCGGCUGCUGGUGGUUCGAGGGGUUCUGUACGAGAAGAUCGUCGUCAACAACGACUUCGCCAGCGGAUAUAUCGACCUGGGACCGAACGCGGACAAACUCAUGAAAAAUCGCAUCCGCAUAGUGUUCCCCAUGUCGAAGACAACCGACAAGAACAGUUUAACGACAGCUCCCGCAGAGGCCCGGCCCGCGCCCCCCGCCAGCGACCUGGACUCCACGCUGGCCAAGCUCGAGCUCAGGUGCUAUGCUGACCUGGUGGAAGUGUGUCGCGAGCGCGGCGCGACGCUGGCGGACGCGGCGCUGCGCAUGACGUCACGCGUUCUGCCGCGCACGCCGCAGGAGCUGCAGCGCGUGCCGCAGCUGCCGCUGGUCGCGCGCCGCCGCCUCGGGGACGCGCUGCUGCGGGUCACGGCCGCCUACGCAGACGAGAAGACGGCAUUGCAAAAGCAGUAUGAAAAAGAAACAAUUGAGGAAAAAGAAAAUGACGAAAACACGUCUGGAUCUGAAUCGGAGUGGUCCCGGCCCGGACCUAGCCAGCCGACCAACACCUCCGCGCGGAGCGGCCGUGCGAGGUGGAACUAUAAGGCCGGUGUGAGGAAGAGGUACAAAAGGAAAGCGCCGUCGUCUGCGAAGAAGAAAGCGUUGAGUAGCGUGCUGCGGGGCGGGGGGCGGGGCGGGGGGCGGGGCAGGGGGCGGGGCGGCGGCGCGGCGGGCGGCGGGCUGGGCAGCAUGCCGGUGCCGCGCGCCGCCGCCGCCCUGCACGCGCGCCCCGCCGUCCUCAAGCCCUCCAAGCUCUCCUCAUUCUGACCCCGCAGAGAAUCUUCAACUUUAUAUUUAUUAACAAUAAGACCUAUGACUGAUAUAAUAGGUACGUAGAAUAUUCGACGAGUUUGUAUUUUUGAGCGAUGACGUAAUCCCAUCUCCCCGGUGUCCCCAGGUAAACUCACUGGUGGUAGCCACCCCGCCUAUUUCUGCCGUGAAGCAGUAAUGCGUUUCGGUUUGAAGGGUGGGGCAGCAGUCGUAAGUAUACUGAGACCUUAGAGCUUUAUAUCUCAAGGUGGGUGGCGCAUUUACUUUGUAGAUGUCUAUGGGCUCCAGUAACCACUUAACGCCAGGUGGGCUGUGAGCUCGUUCACCCAUCUCAACAAAAAAAACCAUAGAACAACAAGCUGUUUACUGAUGAUUUCAUGAAAUCUGUUGUGUUUAUCAAUAUCACUCAGCAUUGUUACGAAUGUUUAUAGUUUUCGUGAUAACUGCCAAAUGGACUCCAGAUAUCGUAAUUAGCCACCGAAUGUCAAUUGGACAUAUUUUGAUGUGUGGACGGCUCGCCUGGUGAGAAGCAGUCGCCUGACAAGCAGCGAAGACUCCGCCGCGUGGAGCGGGAGACCGACACCCCCCCCCCCGCGCUGACACCCCCUGUUACCACUACAUCAAUCUAAUCUAGAUCGUAAAAAUGUUAAGCCCUUCGUAAUUCUAAAAUAAAAUUUCAUUUUUAAAAUUGUUGUUUAAAGCGCCCUGUAAACGAUCAAAUUGUUUGUCAAAUAUUACGUGUUCGUCAAGUUAUUUGACAGCAUGCAGCUUUGCUUGACGCGUUUGUCAAACAGUCUACGUGUUUGACGCGUUUGAUGGAAAUCUUGAUUGACGGCGUGUUUGUCAAACAAGACCUCAGUCUACGGCAAGGAGAAAACCGAAUCUAUGGGCCAGUUAAAAUAAACUUGUUUGAUCUUUGGUUUGAUCUUUUAAUCUAUUGUUUGAUGAAAACGUAAAUUUUGACAAACAAAUUUGAUUGAUUACAGGGCGUUUAACGAAAAUAUAACCCAGAAAGCGUACUCUCGUGCAUCUGCCAUUUUGAAUAACAAUAAUAAAUCUCUUUUGCAUUAUAUCGAUGUAAUUUUUUUUAAAUAUAUAUUAGUUAAUGUUUUGAUGAAAUAAAACAAGGAUUUUGUUACGAAA